AGAUAUUAAAGGAAGAUAUAAUGGAGGAAUAUGGGAUUGUUAUGUAGUUGUGUACACUUCAAUUGAAACAAAAGUAAAAUGGACUUGAGUGAUGAGUGUUGUGAUGUACCCGUGAGGUAAAGGCGAUGUUGUGGCCGUGGACCGCGUGGGCCUGGCUGGUGCUCGCGAUAGGCCUGUCAAAGGCCUACACCGACACCGAGGACUUCCUCAGUGAUUUGGAUAAACCAGUUCCAACAUCUGACGUGCAAGGUGUGCUCGGAAAGAAAGCGUCUUUGCCGUGCGACAUUCAGCCUCUCCACUCGGACGACGCAGUGGUCAUGGUUCUCUGGUUUAAGGAAUCUGAUGGAGAGCCUUUGUACAGUUACGACAUCCGAGGUCGCCUUUAUAAUCAGCCAAAGCUCUGGUCCUCUCCCCUGGUCUUCGGGAACCGGGCCUAUUUCCGAGGAGGAGCAACCCCAGCAGUUCUCAUGGUCGACAACGUGCUGGCAGUAGACGCUGGAGUAUAUAGAUGUAGAGUAGACUUUAAAAACUCACCAACUAGAAAUUUGAAAGUCAAUUUCACUGUUAUAAUUCCACCGAGUCGACCUACUAUAUACGAUGCGAAGAGAAGAGAUCGCACUAAGUUAGUUGAACCAUACAAUGAGGGAUCAAACGUAUUGCUUAUUUGUGAAGUUGAAGGAGGUAGACCACGACCGAAACUGACGUGGUACUUGGAAAACGUUGUCAUAGAUGAUUCCUAUGAACAAAGGGAAGACGGGCUCACUGUGAAUACGCUGACGUUCCCAAACGUCGGCAGACAACAUCUCAAUGCAAGGCUUGUUUGCCAAGCGUCCAACACAAAUCUGGCGCCGCCUGAGACUAAAGUAGUAAUUUUGGAUAUCAACUUGAAACCGAUAACGGUAAACAUAUUAAACAAGGAGAAGCAAGUAUCAGCAGAUAAAAGAUACGAAGUGGAGUGUAAGACAACAGGAUCGCGUCCCGACGCCUCCGUCACUUGGUGGAAGAACAAUAGACAACUCAAACGGAUGGCGAAAAACUUCUCAGAAAACAACGAAACACUGAGUGUUCUAAGUCUAGUUCCGAGCGUCGAGGAUGAUGGUAAAUAUUUGACUUGCCGCGCUGAGAACAAACGCAUACCAGACUCCGCGAUAGAAGACAAGUGGAAACUAAAUGUGCAUUAUGUUCCUAUAGUAGAUCUCAAAAUGGGUUCUAAUCUAAACCCUGAUGAAAUAAAGGAGGGCGACGAUGUUUACUUCGAGUGCACUGUCACAGCCAACCCCAAGACACAUCGACUAGUUUGGUUUCACGAUAACAAUGAAAUCUUUCACAACGAGGGUUCAGGAGUUAUUCUGAGUGCGCAAAGUCUAGUGCUGCAAAGUGUGACACGAGCAGCCGCAGGAGACUACACCUGCAUGGCAGCCAACAGCGAGGGCAAAGGCACAAGCAAUCCUGUAUCUUUAUUAGUUCGAUAUGCUCCAGUGUGUUCAGAGAGGAAAGAUAAUGAACUCUUCGGAGCAUUGAAACAAGAAACUGUGUCUUUGCAUUGUUCAGUCGAUGCCAAUCCGGCAUUAGUGUCUUUUCAUUGGACCUUCAACAACUCUGGAGAACAAACGGAGUUACCACCAAGAUUAUAUAACAGUCAUGGCCACACGUCCACAUUGAAUUACACACCGACUACGGACAUGGAAUAUGGCACUUUGGCUUGUUACGGAGAGAAUGCUGUCGGACAGCAGAAGGUCCCUUGCAUCUUUCAACUUGUAGCCGCCGGUCGCCCUUUUCAUCUUCAAAACUGCACCGUGGCCAAUCAAAGUCUGGACUCAUUAUAUGUGGAAUGCGUCGAAAAUUUCGAUGGUGGUCUCCCACAGACAUUUCUCAUGGAAUUACUGGAACUUCCGUCACUUACUGUAAGAUACAAUAUAUCUACAAACCGGACGCCCCCAUACUUCGAGGUUCGUGGUUUGGCUCCCGGCGUUAGCUACAGAAUUGAUCUUUAUGCUGUUAACGCAAAAGGCAGAAGUGACGUCACUACCAUUGAGACUGUAGCGCUGAAGGGACAGGCCAAGUUUACUGGUGAAAGCAAUUCGCUAGGCCUCUCUCCAGUACUCGCCUCAGUAGCGGCGAUGUCAGCGUUAUUGGCGAUGUCAGUUUGCGGCGUGCUUGCAGUAUUGUAUAAACGGCACCUUAACAGACAUAGACAACUACCGGCCAAGCACGCGCCUUUGAGUGAAGCUAUGUAUGCUGAAAGAAGUGGUCAGUGUACGACGCCGGUGAAGGCAGAGGUGCGACCGGCGCCGGAACCGGACCCAGCUGAUGAUGCUGACCCUGACAUAAUACCUAACUUAUAUGAACGAAGACCGGUUUCGAAUGGCUACAUGAGCUUGCAGCGUCCUGGCACAGGCGAGGAUGACGCACGUUCUGAACCUGAAGCUGGUGGUUACUACGCGGAUUAUAGGAAAAAGGACUAUAGGAUACCAUUGACUAAUUCGUACCACAGUCUGAACCGCGUGAACAAGGGUGUUACAACAAGAGCGUGCAGUCCCGCGGCGGCGGGUGUGACGUCAUCGCUCACAGCGCACCGUCUGCGCCCGGAGGUAGUCACAACUUCCCACCGCGUGCAAGAGAGUUGUAUAUAAAUCAUUCUACUGUUUCUAGUAAUGUAAUUAAUUUUCGAUCUUUUUUGAUAUUUUAACGAUCUAAACCCUCCAUUGUACAUAAUCUAAAAGAUAACAGACUGUGUUCCUUUCGUAGUGUAACGUAUUGUAAAUUAAUAUUUCUACUCGUUUUGUGUAUUGAAUGUUGUAAGUGACACUUGUUAGUGAUCAAUGCUUAAAACUUUGAUAUAAUAUGAUCGGGUCAAUGUAUUUUUAUACUAAUUGACGUUACUAAAUUGUAUUUAAAGAAUAUAUUUAUCUCAUAAAAUAAAUAUCUAUGGGCCUAAAAACUAUGGAGUCGUAUUGAAAUACUUUUUUAUACUUUUCAAUAUUUAUUAUUAAAUCUAUGGGCUUCUCUUUGUUUUAAUAUAUUUAAAAUAAUAUAAAUCCCUUUUUUGCAUUGUUUAUAUUUAAAUAUAUUCGCUCCGAAGGAUACAUUUUAUAUGACAGUACAAUUCUGUUUGUAAAAAGUUUUCUUUUCAUAUGUUUAUUUCGUAUAAUAAAAUCGUGGGAAUCUAGAAAGUAACGAACGCUUCACAGCGUUCAAAGGAAUGACGAACUUACACCUUUACGUUGAGAAUUAUCACCGGAGUGAGGUUCACAGAUAAAUAUUGAUCAUUCGAUUUAGACUAGAAGUGUAGCGUUUAACGUUCACAUUGAUGUUAAAAGUUAACAUUAAAAUAUAUGAAAUAAAACCUAUAAUAUUGAAGAUAUGAUCCUAAAGAAAUAUAUAUCAGCAUUUGAAGAAUUUAUCCUGAUUAUAGCUAUUAUAUUAUUGAUAUAACCAAUUAUAUUGUUGGUAUAUCAAGCCAAUUAUCGUAUUCUCCUAAACCUCAAUAGAUCGACAAACAUUUAUCCACAUAGAACGAGGGUCUUUCAUGUUGUAAAUUGGUUCAAUUUAAAGCGAUCCAAUCGUUUGAAGAGCUCACCUGUAUAAGACCCUCACGUCAAGUACAAUGCAAUUUCCAAUCCGCCGAAAGAUCUUGUGCUUCAUAUGAAUAGUACCAAUCUCAUUAUACAUUCAUAAAGCGUGAAAAAGUGGCGGAUUAGAUAACAUUUCCUUGGUGACUCCCUAGACGGAGGCUAUUAAAACUAUCGGUUGUCAUUUCAAUGUUUUGUCUCCCAAAAAAAAAAGUUAUUAUUAGAGAUUUUUGUUGGAGUCCCGUUUUAAUUCAUAUUAAUUGACGCUGAGCUAUAUUUAAUUGGGUUUAUUACCGUGACAUCGGAGUUUUGAUUAGUGUUGUUAUUGAAUUUAAACUCAAUUCAGUCAUCAAAAUUAAAAAAUAGACGAACAAAAUUGCCAGCUUAAAUUCAAGUGCUUUUGGCUGAUGAUUUUUGACUCGAAUAUUUGAGAGGUUGUAAGAAUACAUUAAAGCGUAAUAAUAAUAGGCACAUUGAUUUAAACAUUAAAAUUUUUCUUACCUAAGAUUUAGAACAAUAAUAGAAGUUAGCAUUCAUUGAAAGCUUAAGAUUACGUAUUUAUUUUAACUCUAGAUAAUGUUAGUAUAACUGUAUAUAGAAAACUGUACAUUUGUAUAUAGGAAAUUCUAUGUUAAAUAAACAUCUAGUCUUACUUAGUUGUAACGGUGCUAAGAGGUGUAUAUUAUCAAAACUUACAUAUUCACUGAAGCGUAACUUUUACUUCAUGAAAAUAUUUCUAUAAAAUCAAAACCUAUAGCAAUUAUUCUUCUUAUUCCCUUUAUAUACUAAUAUAAUUUUACAAGUUAAAAUACCAAAAAGUUACGCCACAGCGACUUGUAAUAGCGUAAAGUCAAUUGCCCGACGACGCUCACAAGGUGAAGCUCUUGUUAAAUAAAAAUAUUGUUUCUUGUAAAUGUUUCUAAAUACAAUGUCGAGCAUUUAUGGUU